UUCUGCUAAUUCCUAAAUCCGAAAAAUUUGUUGAGGCAAUUAUCUUUUGCUGGAAAAAAGAUUUGCUUACCACGGACAAUAUAUGUUCAAGAGAGAAAGAUACAAGACUUAACAAACAGAGAAGAUUAAAUCAUUUACUAGUGACAACAACAGAAGAUCAAAAAGAUCAAGAAAAAUCAGUUGGUGAACAUAUUUUUUUCUCGACAAGAAGAGACAACACAAAAGCAGAUUUAUGGAGAUUGGAUCUAGUGAGUCUCAAAGUGAAUGUAAUUUGUCCAUAAAACUUGGACUGGAAUUCGAUUGGGAUGAGCAUGCAUAUGAUUACUAUAAUGAAUACUCUAGUGCAAUUGGUUUUAGCAUAAGGAAAGAAUAUGCUAACAAAAACAAAGCCCAAGGGUAUGUUAAUUCAAGAAAGUUUACAUGUUAUAAAGAAGGGUAUAGAAACAAAAUCAAACAAGAUAUGGUGGUUCAAAAACAUAGGCAGGAAACUAGAACGGGGUGCUUAGCUCAUAAUAUUAUUAAUCGUCAAUCAAAUGAAAUGUUUCACAUCACUUCAUUUGAAGAAAAACAUAAUCAUCCUCUUGUUUCUCCUUCUUUGGCUCAUUUGUUACCCUCACAAAGAAAGAUAAAAGUUGCUCAAGCAUAUGAAAUUGACUUAUUAGAUGAUUCAGGAAUACGUCCUAAAGCUUCAUUUGAUUAUGCUGCUCGUCAAGUUGGAGGAGAAUCUUUUCUAGGUUACACAAAGAGAGAUCAAAAGAAUUAUCUUCGGGAUAAAAGAAAAGAAAGCUUGAAACAUGGAGUGGCUCGUAGUUUGGUAGACUAUUUUGAGAAAAGAAUACUUGAAGAUCUUGCUUUUCGGUAUUCUUUACAAUUAGAUGAUGAUGGUUUGAUAACUAAUGUAUUCUGGGCCGAUGGAAAGAUGAUAAGAGAUUAUAAGAUUUAUGGAGAUAUUGUUUCCUUUGAUACAACAUAGAGAACAAAUAAAGAGUAUCGACCUUUGGCAUUGUUUGUUGGUUUGAAUAAUCAUAGGGAAAUGGUUAUAUUUGGUGCAGCCCUUUUAUAUGAAGAAUCAU